GUGGUGUGGGCAGCGAUGGCGGCGGCGGCGGCGGCGCAGCGGGGCGGCGGCGGCGGCGGCAGCGGCAGCGGCAGCGGUGGAGGCGGCAGCAGCGAGCUGGAGCCGCCGCCGGCGGGGGGAGGCGGGGCCUCGUCGGAGCAGAUCCUGCGCACGGGGGUGAUCCUGCUGCGGGGGUUCAUCCGCGACCGGGUGCAGCGCUGCGGGGACGCGCAGGCCGUGGCGCUCGGCCAGGCGGAGCUCGGCGGCCCGCAGCCCUGCAGCGCUGAGACCAAGCGCCUCGGCGAGUGUCUGCGCCGCAUCGGCGACGAGCUGGACAGCAACGCAGAGCUGCAGAGGAUGAUCGAGCAGGUGGGCUGCCACCCGCCCAAGGAGGUUUUCUUCCGUGUGGCCGCCGAGAUGUUUGCCGACCGCACCUUCAACUGGGGCCGCGUCGUCGCCCUCUUCUACUUUGCCUGCAAACUUGUGCUCAAGGCGCUGUGCACCAAGGUCCCCGAGCUGGUGCGCACCAUCCUCAGCUGGACCAUGGAGUACUUCCGUGACCACGUCCUGGCCUGGAUCCAAGCGCAGGGAGGAUGGGAAGGACUCCUCUCCUACUUCGGCACGCCAACCUGGCAGACCAUCACCAUCUUCGCUGCCGGUGUCCUCACGGCCUCGCUCACCAUCUGGAAGAUGUCGUAGAGCCGGGCGGGGGCUGCAGCCCCCGCCCCCCCCCCCCCCAG